GCGUUUGACCUCGUAAAAAUCGUAAGACUGUCCAAGUCAGUCUCACCCAACCCCAACUCCUCCAUUACCAAACCUUCAAAGACCAUUUCUGCUUUUCAAAUUUCAAUGUAAACUAUUGCUUUUAAACCCACAAACCCCAAUAUCAAAAUUCUCCUUUUCCUUUCUCCUCAUUUUCAUUCAUUUUCUUAUUCGUUUCUCAAUACAACAAAAAGUACAUCAAUACCCACUUUUGUAACUUUUCCGGUCAAUUGAUUUUUUGGAUUGAUUUUUGUGCUGGGGUGAUUCAAAACUCAAUUUUUAGGACUUCUGAUCUACCUACGAUUUUGUUGUAGUUCAGAGGUUCUUUGGCUUUUCUGAUUUUAUAUAUGGCGGACCUAGUGAAGCAGAUCUUGACAAAGCCGAUCCAGUUAGCAGACCAGGUGAUAAAGGCUGCCGAUGAGGCAAGUUCGUUCAAGCAAGAAUGUACUGAUCUCAGGUCCAAAACUGAGAAACUUGUGGCCCUUCUCCGUCAGGCUGCACGCGCCGGCAACGACCUUUACGAACGGCCGACGCGGCGGAUUAUUGACGACACUGAACAAGUCCUUGAAAAGGCUUUAGCCCUUGUCCUAAAGUGCAGAGCCCAUGGGCUUGUUAAGCGUGUUUUUACCAUAAUCCCAGCUGCAGCGUUCCGUAAAAUGGCUUCCCAGUUGGAGAACUCUAUUGGUGACGUGUCUUGGCUUCUUCGUGUAUCAGCUUCAGCUGAUGAACGUGCUGAUGACUGUUUAGGCCUCCCUCCUAUUGCUGCUAACGAGCCUAUUUUAUGCCUUAUUUGGGAGCAGAUCGCGAUAUUGUAUACAGGUUCUGUUGAUGACAGAUCAGAUGCAGCUAAUUCACUUGUUUCUUUAGCCAGAGACAAUGAUCGGUACGGGAAGUUGAUUAUUGAAGAAGGUGGAGUUGGGCCAUUGCUGAAAUUGAUGAAAGAAGGGAAAACGGAGGGUCAGGAGAAUGCAGCGAGGGCAAUUGGACUGCUUGGACGUGACCCAGAAAGCGUCGAACACAUGGUACAUGCUGGGGUUUGCUCAGUGUUUGCGAAAAUCCUCAAAGAAGGUCCUAUGAAGGUUCAAGCAGUGGUGGCUUGGGCAGUUUCUGAACUUGCUGCUCAUUAUCCCAAAUGUCAAGAUCUUUUUCACCAGCAUAAUACAAUUCGAUUGCUGGUUAGUCAUCUUGCUUUUGAAACCGUUCAGGAGCAUAGUAAGUAUGCUAUUGUAAGUAAAGCAACAUCGAUGCACCACGCUGUUGUCUUAGCUAGUAAUAACAAUGGUAAUGCUGUUAAUACUGUGAAUAAGGUUGUUGAGGAUGAUGACAAGAAUCAUAUUCCACAUCCUCUUGGGAAUAAGAAGCCUAAUCACAUGCACAGUAUCGUUGCUACGGCAAUGCAGGGUCAAAUGAAGCCGCCUCAGCAGAAUCCAGUCAAUGGUUCAAACCAGGCAAAUCAGGCCAAGGUCAAUGGAAAUAAUAGUGUGAAGCAAAAUCAUGUGAACCACCACACUCAACAUAGUCUUUCUUCAUCUGGUGUGAGUAUGGGUAAUAAAGGGAGGGAACUAGAGGACCCUGCUACCAAGGCUUAUAUGAAGGCAAUGGCUGCAAGAGCAUUAUGGAAACUUGCCAGGGGAAAUUCGCCAAUUUGUCGUAGUAUCACUGAAUCAAGAGCACUGCUUUGCUUUGCGGUACUCUUAGAGAAAGGACCUGAGGAUGUUCAGUACAAUUCAGCCAUGGCAGUAAUGGAAAUCACAGCCGUUGCAGAAGUAGAUGCUGACUUGAGAAGGUCAGCAUUCAAGCCUAAUUCCCCUGCCUGCAAAGCUGUUGUUGAUCAAUUGCUCAGAAUCAUUGAAGAAGCUGAUUCAGAUCUGCUUGUUCCAUGCGUUAAAGCAGUCGGGAGUUUGGCUAGGACUUUUCGAGCUACUGAGACGAGGAUGAUUACCCCGUUAGUAAAGCUGCUCGAUGAGCGAGAAGCAGAGAUUUCUAAGGAAGCUGCCAUUGCCCUCUCGAAAUUUGCUAGCUCAGUUAAUUACCUUCACCUAGAUCAUUCCAAGGCAAUCAUAAGCGCUGGAGGGGCAAAACAUUUGAUCCAACUUGUUUACUUUGGUGAACAAAUAGUUCAGAGUCCUUCAUUGCUUUUACUAUGCUACAUUGCAUUGCACGUCCCUGAUAGCGAAGAACUUGCUCAAGCUGAGGUGCUUACAGUUCUUGAAUGGGCAUCAAAACAGUCAUACUUGAUUCAAGAUGAAGAGGUUGAGUCUUUAUUGCAGGAAGCUAAAAGCAGGCUGGAACUUUAUCAAUCUAGAGGAUCGAGGGGAUUCCAUUGAUUGAAUCUGCAUAACUCAAUGUGCAGAAUUUGUAAGUUUGUUAGAUGACAAUUUUUCUAUUUAUAUUUACAGAUUUACUCUCUGUUUACUUUGGUCUUGGGAGUGUACAUAAGAUAGGUCUUUUGUUUUUGCCCUGAUGAUGUAGUGGAACACCCUGUCCAGCACCCCCCCCC